AUGACGGAUGAUACGACGAUCAAGUUGUGGAGCGUUAUGAAGGUUGCGAUGAUCCGAGAGUUUAGCGAGCCAAAUUUCCAGGCUAAAGUGCGCAACCAGCUGCUGCAAUUGAAGCAGACUGGAGCGUGCCGCGGCUACGUGAAUAAAUUUCGUGAACUACAACGAGUAGUGGGUCUUGAUGAACUGACGGCGAUUAACGUGUUCGUGAAUGGACUGGUCAACACGCAAAUGAAGAUUGCAAUCCAACGCAAGCAGCCGAUUACUCUGACCGCUGCGGUACAAGAAGGAUUCCUCGAGUGCGAGCUGUAG